UACACAACUAUCACGCGAUAGCCGAAAAGUUUACGAGAUACUUUUGAAAAUGCACGAAUAUAUCUUAUUUUCAUUUCUAUUUACGACAGCUAACUGUGCCAGUUAUCAAAGAUAUGGUGAAUCUAGUCAGUAUUCCAGCUAUACAACCCCCUCAAAUAAUUAUAACCAAAACCAAUACCCAUAUAAAACUAGCUAUAGCGGCGAUAGUGGUGGAUUUUCCGAAGCGACUCACUAUAACCGUGGCUAUUCAACUCUAAGACCUGAUAUGUACAGCACUCCAACUUCGGGUAAUGUUUAUCAAAAGCCAAGCUACACAACGCCUAGUUAUCAGUACGGGCAAGGUUAUUAUAAUGGACAAAAUUACGGCCAAGGAAUAACUUCAUACGAGAUGCCGUUUUUGAAAUAUAAUAGCGAGUACUGUGUGAACAGAUCACCACAGAAUGGUAUUUACGUAAAUGGUUUAACUGGAAUGUGGUAUGGUGUCGAAUUCAUUCAGCACUUAGCGGGAGAUGCAAGACUCGAUUAUGGAAAUACUUGCAUUGUAAUACAUAUCUCGGAGCCACGGGAUAAGCCUUCAACCGAGAACCAGCUUUAUCACGUGCAGCAUAUCAAGGAGAAGUUUCUGCGUGAUAAUCGCCAUUUGCGGUUAUUAUGGGACGAAGCCGGACAGACUAUUGAAUACUCAUUGUACUUCCGCAACGACUCUGCGGGCUACUGGCAGGUUUAUGACGAACAAAAUGGAACUCUAGCGUCCCGACCGUCGUAUAUGCAUUUCAAUGGAGCCGUUCAAGUUCUAAAAGCUGUUAACGAUCACUUGGUCCUUAAUUUCUGUCAAAAAGCAUCUAAUGGAGCACCAGCGCAGUUGUACACAGUUCUAUUCUCGAGAGACCCCGGAUCAAUGUCCCGAUGGGAGAUCGAAGCGGUCCACGCUAUGCUUCAAACUAAAAAUCUUUCUGUCGCUUCCAGGCGGAUGGUCUGCGGCAAUAGCGCGGCAAAAUCGACUAUAAGUCUACUUUUUUCUAUGAUUUCAUGUCUAAUAGCGUACAUUAUUCGUUCGUCGUAAAUUGUGCACAAUUGCAUUUAUAAAUAUACCUAGUUAUACUUAUGAGAAGCAAUAAGACUUUUAAAAAAUAAAAUUAUGUUAGUGCUGUUA